CUCCCUCCUCCUCCAGCAUCUACUCUGCUCGCCUGCGCUGCGAUCGCCGCGAAUCCGCCGCCAUGGACGAGGAGUACGACGUCAUCGUGCUCGGCACGGGCCUCAAGGAGUGCAUCCUCAGCGGCCUCCUCUCCGUCGACGGCCUCAAGGUUUUGCACAUGGACAGAAAUGACUACUACGGAGGAGAGUCCACCUCCCUCAACUUGAACCAGCUCUGGAAGAAGUUUAGGGGGGAAGAAAAACCGCCGGCACAUCUAGGCGCGAGCAGAGACUACAAUGUGGACAUGGUUCCAAAGUUUAUGAUGGCGAAUGGAACAUUGGUUCGUACUCUCAUUCACACUGAUGUGACGAAGUAUUUGUCAUUCAAAGCUGUUGACGGAAGCUAUGUCUUCAGCAAAGGAAAGGUUCACAAGGUUCCUGCAACUGACAUGGAGGCUCUAAAAUCUCCUUUAAUGGGCAUAUUUGAGAAACGUAGAGCAAGGGGCUUCUUCAUUUAUGUUCAAGAUUACAAUGAGGCUGACCCAAGAACACAUCAAGGAUUAGACCUUACGAGGAUGACAACUAAAGAGUUGAUAGCGAAGCACGGAUUGAGUGAUGAUACUAUAGAUUUCAUUGGCCACGCGCUUGCUCUUCACAGGGAUGAUCGCUACCUAAGUGAACCAGCACUUGAUACUGUUAAAAGAAUGAAACUCUAUUCGGAGUCUCUUGCACGGUUCCAAGGAGGCUCACCGUAUAUUUACCCAUUAUAUGGGCUGGGUGAGCUGCCACAGGGUUUUGCACGUCUAAGUGCCGUUUAUGGUGGUACUUAUAUGUUACAUAAGCCAGAGUGCAAGGUUGAAUUUGAUAUGGAGGGGAAAGUUUGCGGUGUUACAUCAGAAGGUGAAACUGCUAAGUGCAAGAAGGUUGUCUGUGAUCCUUCUUACUUGCCCGACAAGGUAAGGAAGAUUGGAAAAGUUGCACGAGCAAUUGCUAUAAUGAGCCACCCAAUUCCAAGUGCAAAUGAUUCCCACUCGGUUCAGAUUAUAUUACCACAAAAGCAACUUGGGCGCAAGUCAGACAUGUAUGUCUUCUGUUGCUCGUACACUCACAACGUUGCGCCAAAAGGGAAGUUCAUUGCAUUUGUGUCUGCUGAAGCAGAGACUGAUAAUCCACAAUCUGAACUAAGGCCUGGAAUUGAUCUACUUGGCCCAGUAGAUGAACUGUUUUUUGAUAUGUAUGACAGAUAUGAACCUGUCAAUGAACCAUCUCUUGAUAAUUGCUUUGUCUCCUCGAGUUACGAUGCUACUACUCACUUUGAGACGACUGUAACAGAUGUUCUUAAUAUGUACACGUUGAUUACUGGAAAGACUGUUGAUCUGAGCGUUGAUCUCAGUGCUGCCAGCGCUGCUGAAGAAUACUAAACGUAUCAAACCAAGCAUUUCUACAAGACGAUACUUCCUGGAGGAACACCACGGAGCUCCUACCGCAUGAUGACCAUGGGGGUACACAUCAGCUGCAUAUGGGGUAGGCGUAGGGUCCAUGCAUGGUAGCAUCACUAUGCAAAAUUGUUGGCUGUGGGAUGGCGCUGGUUUCCUCCAUUAAGUGAAGUGUUGAUCAAUUGGUGUAACAGUAUGCUGUCGUAACGUUGGCUCUAGCAUGUUCAUGUUCAAAUGUUCCUAUUGUCGAUGUAUUCUACUGUUAUACAUAUUGAUGUUUUGGACGUA